AUGGCCAGGUCAGAGAUUGAAGAGUUCAUAUCUGAAGAUUUAGGUUUCCGAUUGGUGGGGAACGGGGAUGGAAUUUCUUUAUUUGAUUCUGCAGUGGAUUUCAGCGGCCCAGUGACUUCUCUGUAUCCUUUGCUGUUGCUAGCUAUCGGCCAUUGUGGACAUGUCUAUGCUGCUUCCAACACGCAUGAAGUGGCUUUGGGCAAUUUGAGUGAUCUUAAUGGCGAUUCUGCGAUUCUGAACUUGGUCAGAUGUGAACUUCCAGGAACGUCUGCAUUGAAGUUCAAUAGCUCUGACUCCGUCUUGUAUGCCAUUGCACAAGGAAAAGUGUUUACAGCAACAAUUUCUCCUCAAGGAAACAAUCCUUCACUUUCAUUUACACAGAUUCCCCUUGAAUUGUCGACGAUCGUAUUGCUUGAUCCCUCUCCGACUGACUCUGAGCUUCUUCUUCUUUUAAGUAACGAACGAAAACUCUCUAUUCUCGCGGGGAAUCAGGAAACAGCCACGGUUGAAGGGAUCAAAGCAAUGGCUUGGACUAAAGACGGCUCCCAGGUUAUUGGUGCCAGUGAAACAAGCCUUGCUUUCUACACCACCACUGGUCAGGCUGUUUCUUCCCAUGAAGUCCCAGAAGGCGGGAAGCUUUUCUCUGUUUCUUCCAUUGACAACACUCAUUGGCUUGUGGUGGGCUUGCCAGACACAGAAGGCGGUGAUCUCAUAUACACAUUGGUGCUGGAGGAAAAUGGUACGCUCACUUUCCAUAAUGUUCCUGUAGCGCCCGCAUUUGGUGAUGUUGAGCGUCAGCCAGAAGUUUACUCAACUAGUAUUACCAAUUGGGUGGAAGGGCAGUCUUUGCUCUUCGCCACUUCCGCGUUGAGCACCGAAAUUUCCACAAUCGAAGUGAGCCCAGAGAAAAGAUUAGUAUCACAGUUGAACGAUACAGACCGUGCCGAAUUGCCCAUGGAUGAUGAUUCCGGUGACGAUACUCUACCAGUCGGUUUUGCACUUGACUUAUUCACAACAGAAAUCACUGUGAAGCAACCGUGUAAUGCCGUUGAUGAAGCAAAAGGAGUGUUGCCUCGUUUGAUGUGCUUGAACAAUUUGGGUAACUUGAUUAUGUGGUAUGUCUUCGACAACUCAGCGCUCAAGAACAAUACUCUCAGCCUUCAAAGAGCAAUUGAAGCUCAAAAUCAACGUGGACUAGAAGCUACAAAGGCAGAUGAAGGUGCGAAAGCAAAUUCCUUUGGUUCUACAGCAUUUGGUUCCUCUAGUUACAAUGCAUCCACCAAUUCUGCAUCUGCUGCUAAUGAAAAUAUAAGUGCAUCCAAACCUGAACCGACACAGGCUUUUGGAACAACGGGUUUUAGUAAUGCAAGUAAACCUGUCGCAGGUUCUUCUGGUUUCGGUUCUUCUGGUUUUGGGUCUUCUGGUUUUGGAACUUCUGGUUUUGGUUCUUCUGGUUUUGGGUCAUCUGCUGCCGGUUCGUCAGCUGCUGGGCCAUCGGGCUUUGGCACAUCGGGCUUUGGAUCUUCUGGUUUCGGGACUUCUGGCUUUGGCUCCUCCAGCUUCGGAAUCUCUACCUUUGGGCAAGCUACAACCUCAAUCAAGUCAGACGACAAGAGCAAAUUUGGCUCUUCCGGUUUUGGUUCUUCCGGUUUUGGUUCAAAAAACGAAAGUCCUUUCGCCCAAUUGACUUCGGAGAAGCCAAAGGAGAAUGUUUUUGGCUCUUCCUCUAAAUCAAAUGCAAUCCCUUUUGGAUCUUCCUCUUUUGAGCCUACCAGCGACUCGCUGAACUCGAAGAGCUUAUUCAGCUCAGCUGUCGAAAAACCGAAAGAAAAUCCAUUUGGAUCAGCGUCUUUGGGCUCCUCGUCUUUUGGCUCAGCCCAGUCUACUCAGGAUAAGUCGAAAGGUCCUUUUGCAUCUUCUAAUCUUGCAUCUUCCAAGCCCACUCCGGAUAAGCCGGCUGCAAGUCCAUUUGGAUCUUCUGGUUUCGGUAUGACCUCCAGUAAACCCACUCUGGACCAAUCUCCUUUUGCCUCAUUAACUAUAGACUCAAGCAAAACCGAAUCCGAAAAGCCCGAGAACAACGCAUUCGGCACAUCCACAUUCUCGUCUUCGAGCACUGUCGCAAACAAACAGAGUGCAUUUGGAGCUAUUGGUUUUGGACAAAAAGCAACGUCGAUUGAUGACGAAAACAGAAACAAAAAGGAAACCCCGCUGUUUAUCUCAUCGACUUCAGAUGGUCCUCUGGGAUUCUCAUCACAUGCAACUGCUCCAAGAAACCAGGAAACAUCAGGCAGUGCCAUUUUUGGUCAAUCUAGUUUUGGCCAGCAGAUGAACAAGAGUCCGUUUGGACAGUCAAGUUUUGGUAAAGUGGCAGGAUCCGCUGCUGGAAGCACUCUUCCAAGUCCUUUCGGCUCCGUUGCUGCUACUGAAUCACCCUUUGCGUCCCUUUCUUCGAAGAAAUCGCCUUUUGGGUCGCUUAAUGACGAAGGUCUGAAAUCCAUUUUUGGUUCUUCAAGCACUCAGUCUCAAAAAACGUUGUCAAGUGGACUCAAUGCUUCAAUUGACAAGCUGGGAUCUCAGGAGCAGAUGCAGAAAGCUUCAGACUUGACAAAACGUCCGCAGACAACAGAUUCGGAGUCUGCCACGUCAUCAAAGAUCGGUUCAACUACUCAGAAUGAAGUAAGCAGUGAGCUUGGCAUCCUGUCCCCGGAAAAAUCAUUAUUUGCGGACACUUCUUUACGUGGUUCGCCUGAGGAAUAUACCUCAGAGGAAUCAUCUCUGGAUGAGAUAUCUGAAAAUUCUGAAUCUCCUCUGCUGGAUGAAAAGCCUUCUCCUGUCCUCCAACAAUCUAGCGGUUCUCUUUUUGAAAUGACAUCCUUAAAGGACUCUUUGAAGGAAGAUGCAUUAACAAAAGCGAACGAACCAACAUCUAAUACAGACACCGCAUUUUCUGAUGGAAACGAGAAGGAGACCUCUUUUAGAAGUGCUGCAAUUAAGAAGACUAACUCCCAGCACUUUACAGGAUCCUUAAAAAAUACCGAAGGUUCCAGUUCGGAGUAUGGUUCGGGGGCUUCUUCAACAAGUCACGCUAAAGAAAGAAAAGAAAAUACCGAAAAUGAUGGGGUCGUUAAAACAGAUGUUAAAACAGAUGUUACAACUGAUUACGAAGAUAGUGAAACUCUGAAGAGGACUGAAUCUGCUGUGAAGAUCCCUAGUCUACUGUUCGACGGUUUGCAGAAAUUCUCUGGGUUCGUUACCGAUCCGGUUUUGCCACAACAUGAAGUUUCAAAGAAAAUCGGAGAGCUUGUACAUUUCACCGAAGGUUUGAUGAAAGUCUUGCUGAUGAAUUCGGCAGACAUGAACAAAUUAAUCAAUGACUGCCUGUUUUACAAAGUAUCUUUGGAAAAGGAAGACAUUAAGUCCCCGCUAUCAUGGACCUUGGGACAGAUUCUGCACUUAAAUGAUCUUGUUUCUGAAGAUUCUGAACUUUUUGAGGAAAAUGUCAUCAAAAUGCGGGAACUAUAUAAAAGCCUGUCGCGCCUAUUAGAUGAUCUCGAUGAGAUUUAUGCCGAGAAAGUGAAAUUUGAAAAGACAUUGAAUGAGAUUUUGCUUUUCAAGCGUUCUAUUGAGUCCUCGGAAUUGCGUGAACGCCCACUUGAUCUUCGUGGUGAUAUAAUGCGUGCGAAAUUAAGAAAAAACUUCAGCCACGUACAGAGACUUCAAGACGAAGCAUUGCAUAAAUUGGUGUCGUUGAAGUUGAAUAGCUGCCUAGAUACUGGAUUGAUUUCAAAGCUUGAAAGAAUUGCCUUCGAGAUCAACUCUAAGGUUAAGCAGUACCUGGUUGAAAUUCAUAAUUUGGAGGAGAAGCAAUCGCGUUCUAUGAACGAACGUCUACUUUUGGGAAGAGAAAAUGAUGUGCCCGCUCCUAUAUCUGAACCAGUCGAAAACUCUGAGAGUUGUUUCACAAAUUUCAAAAGUCAAAAAUGGGGGAUUGUCUCAAGAUUUGCGUCUGUUCAAGACCGGAGUAUAUAA